AUGUCUAUUUGGCAGGAUAAAUACACUCUGGAUUAUCACAUUUAAUAAUAAAUAAAAUUAGAUGCAUUAGAAGAAUUAUGGUAGGAAUACAAAAAAUAAGAAAUAAGAAUUUCAAAAUAAAAAUAAAAAUAUGAACAAAAAAAGAAAUAUAACAAUAAGAAAAAGAGAAAGAAAAGCAGUAGUAGUAGUAGUAGCAGCAGUAGUAGUAGUUCAUCUUCUACAAGUUCUAGUUUUUAGUCAAUUACUAGUUCAAGUGAAUCUGAUAGUUUAUUAUCAUUACCUUCUCAUUCUAAAUCAAAAAAUAAACAAAUAAAAUCUUAGACCAAAAUUCUAGAUUUUAUUUUUGAUAUCAAUCCACCUAAAAGAGAUUACUUGAUAGAAUAUGAAUUGAAUGGAUAAAAAAAAAUGACUUCAAUGAAAAAUUUGAAUGAAAAAAUAUAAAAACUAAAUUCUUAAUCACUGUAAAUUUAAAAUGAUGAUGAUACAAAUAAAAUGUAAGAUGAUAAUUUAAAAUAAGAUUUAAAAGAUGAAUUAGAAUUAGGUGCCAAUAGAUACUACUAAUAAAAUCCAUUUGAAUACUGCUAUAGAUGUAAGUAGACUGGACAUUAAGAAAGAUAAUGUACUGAGUAAUUAAACAUAUAAUGCAAUUAUUGUUUAAGUUAUAAACAUGUCGGAGACAUAUGCUCUAAUGUUUCUUGUUUUAGAUGCAAUCAAAUGGGUCAUAGAAAAUAAGAUUGUAAGUUUUAACAAAGAUUAUAAUAAUGUAUAAACUGUGGGAAAAACACUCAUAAAGAGUAAGAUUGCGGAAUUUUGAUUUACAAUUUACACAAUUUUUUAGAUUAGAUCGAAUGUUUAGUUUGUAGAAAUUAUGGCCAUAUUAAUUGCUUAAAUAUUAUGAGUUGA